GUACGUACAACGUUUGCUCAUGCAAGCGAUCUCGUACUUUCCCCACCAACAAAUUUCCGACAAGUUUGAUCAUGAACUUCUCAUCGUCUACUCAAAAGAGUCUCAAAAAUGGCACAGGUUUUUUCACAAUUCUGCUGCUAAUUGUGCAAUUAGCCUGCUCAGCCCCAAGUAUAGGCCGCAUAAUGGGGGGUCAGCCCGCCUCUCCGGGGGAAUUUCCGUACCAAGUCUCCAUCCAAGCGUAUGACAGGGCGAGUCGUGACUUUAUUCCGAUCUGCGGUGGCGUCAUCUUGAACCCGACGACCGUUUUGUCCGCUGCACAUUGCACCCUCGUCGACCCGGACGGUCUUUAUCGGGUAGUUGCUGGAGAACACGACCUCUCCUCGGAUAAUGAGGGGACGGAACAAUUCAGAACGGUGGAACAUGUGGUAAUCCACAACGGUUUUGACGAUUUCGCCUACUACAACGACAUCGCCCUCUACUUCCUCUCGCCCAACAGCCCCCUCGUCUUCACCGACUCUGUCGGACCGGUGGCGCUGCCCCCUUCGUCGUACGAGGGGCGGGGUUCCGCCAUCGUGGCGGGAUGGGGGGUCACCUCCGACGCCAUGUUGCAACCCAUCGUGGGCGACACGCAUUCCGGUGGAGGGAGCAACACCCUGAACAAAUUGACCAUUCCGUUCUACCUGGACGAAAAGUGUGGCGACAUUUACGGUGAAGAUUUCGUGUCGAGUAUGAUGCUCUGCGCAGGGAAUUUGGACGGAGGACAGGACGCAUGCGCGGGGGAUUCGGGGGGCGGUUUGGUCUCGUUCUAUUCGGGGGAGAAGAUCGUGGCAGGGCUGGUGAGCUGGGGGCCGGGGUCGGGGUGUGGGCAGCAGGGUUAUCUGGGGGUUUAUACGAAAGUGGCAAAAUAUGUGGAGUGGAUUAAUUACGUGAUGAAAGUGUUGGGUCAUGAACACUAAUUGAUAAUUAGUUAAAUUGUUAAUUAGUUUGCUAAUUAUGUAUAUUUUUUACGUUUGGUUGCUAAAAGUGGAUCUGAUUUAGUUUAUGUUUGUUUUUUUAUUAUGUAAAUUAUUUAUGGGGAUGAAAUAAACUUGAUACUCAAGAAA